AUGAGUGACACGUCAAUCAGAGUGGUCGGGGUUCUGUAUCCGGGGUCAAGGUCACGGUGUUAGGAGUGGGAGCUGGUUUCAAAUCGGACGCGGCUUAUUUCUUGGUAACGGCUGGAGGGACGUGCUGCAGAGAAUUAAAGAAAUCCAGCUUCAUCAAUACCUACUUCUGAGGAAUGAGGUGAGCGUUAUGAAGAGCUGCAGGUGAAUGGAGACACUGGAAUGGAAUGGCAAAUGAUGCAGCCUGUGCUAUACACGUACUUCAGGAGUUCCUGCUCAUGGAGAGUGCGAAUUGCUCUCGCUUUCAAGGGAGUCGCUUAUGACCAGGUAGCCGUCAAUCUGAUUAAAAGCGGAGGCCAGCAGCAUGUUGAUUCGUUCAAGACUAUCAAUCCAAUGAAGCAAGUUCCAGCUCUUGCUAUUGAUGGCAUUAUCCUCUCCCAAUCGCUGGCUAUAAUUCAGUACCUGGAUGAGACUAGACCUGGUCCUCGGCUGCUCCCAGAGGAUGCCAAAAAACGUGCGCAAGUUCGGAUGAUUUCUGACCACAUCACCUCUGGAAUCCAACCUCUGCAGAACCUGCAUGUUUUGCAGAAGCUAGGAGGGGAGAAGAAACUUGAAUGGGCUCAGCACUUCAUCAUUAACGGCUUCCAAGCCCUGGAGAGUCUCCUACAAUACACAGCUGGGCGGUACUGUGUUGGGGAUGAGGUGACAAUGGCUGAUCUGUGUCUGGUCCCACAAGUGUACAAUGCUGAGAGGUUCAAGGUGGACAUCGCACAAUUUCCCACCAUUGUAAAGAUCAAUAAUGCCCUUCUGGAUCUAAAUGCCUUCAGAAUCAGUCACCCAUCUUGCCAGCCUGAUACACCUCCUGAACCCUGAUCCCAUUGGCGAGGGCAACAUCAGGUCAAACAUCUCUUGAUGAAACAAGGGAGCUUCUCUCAUCAAUUGCUGCGUUCGAUAGAAUGAGCUACUUGGAUAUUCAAAAUGAUUAAAAAUUAUUUAUGUUGAGUAAUUUACUGUUCUCCUUUGAUUGUUUAUCAAAAAAAAUGUUUCCACCCUUGCAUUUGUUAGAUUUUUGGCAAUGUUUUUGUAAAUUACUGUGUCAGCUGUCACAUUGUAUUUGUAAAUCAUGCCACUAGAUGGUUCUAUGGAGUAAGUUUCUAUCCCAUGUUGUCACCAUCUUGUUUUGUUCACAUGCUUUUGAUUUGUUGACUGAUUCGGGCAAUAAAGGAAAAAGAAGUCAA